AUGACGGAACGUAUCGGCGAAGAACUUUUUAAUGAAUUAUACGCGGAUAGUUUAUCUGAUUGUCCGAGUGAUUUCGAAAUAAAUUGUAGUGAUUCCGAAAGUGAUGAAUCUGACAUUAUACCACCAAAACGACAAAAAAGAAAUGCUAUAGAAUCCGAUAGUGAAAGUGAAUUUGAAGAUUGGAAUGAAAAUGACUUUACACCUUCUUUGGAGGAUUAUUCAAACAUUUCGGGUGUAACCGUUGAAUUAAGUGACACACCGAGCAUUAGUGAAGUAACGGAUUUAUUUUUUGAUAACGACUUUUUUCAUUUAGUUGUUUCUCAAACCAAUUUAUAUCACUUCCAAACGAAAGAAUUGCAUAAAAAUUCUGUUAAAACUUUACCAUGGACAGAAGUUACAACAAACGAUAUGAAGAAGUUUCUUGGGUUAUUGAUAUUGAUGGGGCAAACUAAAAAAGCUUAUUGGAGAGAUUACUGGUCAACGGACCCUUUGGUUGAAGCACCAAUAUUCCCUAAAAACUAUGAGCAGGAUGAGGUUCGAACAAAUCCUUACAUUUUUCCAUCUCAGUGA